AUCCAGCCGCCGGAGGUUCUUGACCGCUUUACCCCGGAACGGGUGGAGGGCACAGGGUCCUCGUCCUCGGGGCGCCCCCCCUCCCCCCCCCCCCCGCAAGCCCUGCACACGCAGUCCCCGAACCCGCCCGGAGGCCCGACGUCCGGCUGCCGCCGCUGGUCCCCGCCCCGGGGCCGCCAUUGGCUGUUGCCAUGGCACCAGUCCGUCUUCCCGCGCCGCAAUUGGCCGCCGCGCCCGCAUCCCGCAUCCCGCAUCCUCCCCCGCGCGCGGUGGUCUCGCCCAGCUCCGGGAGCGGCGGCGCCGCCUGGCCAGGCCGGGACCGGGCUUUGUCCGCCCCAGAGCCCUCUGCCUGCGCCGCCGAGACCCCGGAGCCCCCGCCCCGCGGCGCCCCCGCCGGCCCGGCCCAGCCCGAGAUACAGCGCUGCAGGAGCUGAAGAUGACGAGCUCCGUGGCGCCCUACGAGCAGCUGGUGCGGCAGGUGGAGGCCUUGAAGGCCGAGAACAGUCACCUGAGGCAGGAGCUGCGAGACAACUCGAGCCACCUGUCCAAGCUAGAGACGGAGACGUCCGGCAUGAAGGAGGUCCUGAAGCACUUACAAGGCAAGCUGGAGCAGGAGGCUGGAGUGCUGGUGUCCUUGGGGCAGACGGAGGUGCUGGAACAGCUGAAAGCCCUGCAGAUGGACAUCACCAGCCUGUACAACCUCAAGUUCCAGCCCCCAGCCCUAGGUCCUGAGCCCACUGGCCGGACCCCCGAAGGAAGUCCAGUACACGGCUCCGGGCCUUCUAAGGACAGCUUUGGGGAGCUGAGCCGGGCGACCAUCCGGCUGCUGGAGGAACUGGACCGGGAGAGGUGCUUCCUGUUGAACGAGAUCGAGAAGGAGGAGAAGGAGAAGCUCUGGUAUUACUCACAGCUGCAGGGCCUGUCCAAGCGCCUGGACGAGCUCCCGCACGUGGAGACGCAGUUCUCGAUGCAGAUGGACCUGAUCCGGCAGCAGCUGGAGUUCGAGGCCCAGCACAUCCGCUCGCUGAUGGAAGAGCGCUUCGGCACCUCGGACGAGAUGGUGCAGCGCGCGCAGAUCCGCGCUUCUCGCUUGGAGCAAAUCGAUCAGGAGCUGCUGUCCGCACAGGACCGGGUGCAACAGACAGAGCCCCAGGCCCUGCUGGCGGUGAAGUCGGUGCCGGUGGACGAGGAUCCAGAGACCGAAGUCCCCACACACCCUGAGGAUGGUGUCCCUCAGCCCGGCAACAGCAAGGUGGAGGUGGUCUUCUGGCUGCUGUCCAUGCUGGCCACGCGUGACCAGGAGGACACGGCGCGCACCCUGCUGGCCAUGUCCAGCUCGCCGGAGAGCUGCGUGGCCAUGCGCCGCUCGGGGUGCCUGCCGCUGCUGCUGCAGAUCCUGCACGGCACCGAGGCCGGCGCUGGGGGUCGCGACGGAAGCGCCGGGGCGACGGGCGCCAAGGACGCACGCAUGCGCGCCAACGCGGCGCUGCACAACAUCGUCUUCUCGCAACCUGACCAGGGCCUGGCGCGCAAGGAGAUGCGCGUCCUGCACGUGCUGGAGCAGAUCCGGGCCUAUUGUGAGACCUGCUGGGACUGGCUGCAGGCCAGGGACGGCGCCGAGGGAGGCGGCGCCAGCGGCGCUCCCGUCCCCAUCGAGCCCCAGAUCUGCCAGGCCACCUGUGCCGUGAUGAAGCUGUCUUUUGACGAGGAAUACCGCCGAGCCAUGAACGAGCUGGGUGGGCUGCAGGCCGUGGCAGAGUUACUGCAAGUUGACUACGAGAUGCACAGAAUGACCCGGGACCCGCUGAACCUCGCCCUCCGUCGAUACGCCGGCAUGACCCUCACCAACCUCACCUUUGGAGACGUCGCCAACAAGGCCGCGCUGUGUGCCCGCCGGGGCUGCAUGGAGGCCAUCGUGGCCCAGCUGGCUUCUGAGAGCGAGGAGCUGCACCAGGUUGUGUCCAGCAUCCUGCGCAACCUGUCCUGGCGGGCCGACAUCCACAGCAAGAAGGUGCUGAGGGAGGUGGGCAGCAUGACCGCCCUGAUGCGGUGCGUCCUUCGAGCCUCCAAGGAGUCCACCCUGAAGAGUGUGCUCAGCGCCCUGUGGAACCUGUCGGCGCACAGCACGGAGAACAAGGCGGCCAUCUGCCAGGUGGACGGCGCCCUGGGCUUCCUGGUGAGGACGCUGACCUACAAGUGCCAGAGCAACUCGCUGGCCGUCAUCGAGAGUGGCGGCGGCAUCCUGCGCAACGUGUCCAGCCUCAUCGCCACGCGGGAGGACUACAGGCAGGUGCUGCGGGACCACAACUGUCUGCAGACGCUGCUGCAGCACCUGACGUCCCACAGCCUGACCAUCGUGAGCAACGCGUGCGGCACGCUCUGGAACCUGUCGGCCCGCAGCCCGCGCGACCAGGAGCUGCUGUGGGACCUGGGGGCCGUGGGCAUGCUGCGGAACCUGGUGCACUCCAAGCACAAGAUGAUCGCCAUGGGCAGCGCCGCGGCCCUGCGCAACCUGCUGGCCCACCGGCCCGCCAAGUACCAGGCGACGGCCACCGCCGUGUCCCCCGGCGCGUGCGCACCCAGUCUGUACGUGAGGAAGCAGCGGGCGCUGGAGGCCGAGCUGGACACGCGGCAUCUGGCCCAGGCGCUCGGCCACCUGGAGAAGCAGGGCCUGCCCGAGGCCGAGGCCGAGGCCGCCUCCAAGAAGCCGCUGCCGCCCCUGCGGCACCUGGACGGGCUGGCCCGGGACUACGCCUCCGACUCCGGCUGCUUCGACGACGACGAGGCGCCCUCCCUGGCUGCCGCCGCCUCGACCGCCGAGCCCGCCAGCCCCGCCGUGCUGUCCCUCUUCCUGGGCAGCCCCUUCCUGCAGGGGCAGGCUCUGGCCCGCGCCCCGCCCGCCCGCCGCAGCGGCCCGGAGGCGGAGAAGGAGGCCGGCGGGGAGGCGGCCGUGGCGGCCAGGGCCAAGGCCAAGCUGGCGCUGGCGGUGGCGCGGAUCGACCGGCUGGUGGAGGACAUCUCGGCCCUGCACACCUCGUCCGACGACAGCUUCAGCCUCAGCUCCGGGGACCCCGGGCAGGAGGCCCCGCGGGAGGGCCGCGCCCAGUCCUGCUCCCCUUGCCGGCGGCCGGAGGGCAGGCGGCAGGAGGCCGGCGGCCGGGCCCACCCGCUGCUGCGGCUCCAGGCCGCCCACGCCAGCCUGUCCAACGACAGUCUCAACAGCGGCAGCAGCGCCGGUGACGGGCGCUGUCCCCGCGAGCACACGAGGCCCUGCCCGCUGGCCGUGCUGGCCGAGCACCACGAGGGGGCCCCGUGCAGCCAGGCGCGGCCCAGCCGGCUGGACCUCAGCCUGCCGGGCGGCCGGGAGCCGGGCGGGAGGGACGGCUCUGCGGCCGACGCCUGCGUGCGCACCAUCAAGCUGUCGCCCACCUACCAGCACGUGCCGCUCUUCGAGGGCCACCCCAGGGCAGGGGCGGGCGCGGGCGCGGGGCCCCUGGCCGCCGGGGCCCGGAAGCAGGCCUGGCCGCCCACGGAGGGCCUGAGCCAGCUGCCCGAGAAGCCGGCGGCAGAGACGGCGCCCCUCCGCCUGUCCCGCUGCAGCUCUCUGUCCUCGCUGUCCUCGGCCGGCCGCCCCGGCCCCAGUGAGGCCGGGGACCUGGACAGCGACUCGUCCCUGGAGGCCCUGGAGGAGGCGGGACCCGGCAAGGCGGACCUGGACGGAGCCUGGCUCGGGCCCGGGGCCGCCUCCCUGCCCGUGGCCAUCCCGGCGCCGCACCGGGGCCGCGGCCUGGGGGCGGAGGACACCACGCCGUCCAGCUCCUCGGAGAACUGCGUGCAGGAGACGCCGCUGGUGCUGAGCCGCUGCAGCUCCGUGAGCUCCUUGAGCAGUUUCGAGAGCCCGUCCAUCGCCAGCUCCGUCCCCAGCGACCCGUGCAGCGGGCUGGGCAGCGGCACGGUCAGCCCCAGCGAGCUGCCCGACAGCCCCGGGCAGACCGUGCCGCCCAGCCGCAGCAAGACGCCCCCGCUGGCCCCUGCGCCCCCCGGCGAGCGCGAGAGCACCCAGUUCAGCUUGCAGUGGGAGAGCUACGUGAAGCGAUUCCUGGACAUCGCCGACCGCCGGGAGCGCUGCCGGCUGCCGUCGGAGCUCGAUGCCGGCAGCGUCCGCUUCACGGUGGAGAAGCCGGACGAGAACUUCUCGUGCGCCUCGAGCCUCAGCGCGCUGGCCCUGCACGAGCACUACGUGCAGAAGGACGUGGAGCUGCGGCUGCUGCCCCCCGCCUGCCCGGAUCGCGGCGGCCCCGGGCCCGGCCCCGGCCCCGGCCCGCACCUCGCGGGGCACCGCCGGCGGGACGAGGCCGCUGGGUGCCUGGAGGGGCCGGCAGCCGCCGACCAGGAGCUGCAGCUGCUGCGCGAGUGCCUGGGGGCAGCCGUGCCCGCCCGGCUCCGCAAGGUGGCCUCGGCCCUGGUGCCCGGCCGCCGCGCGCUGCCCGUGCCUGUGUACAUGCUGGUGCCCGCCCCCGCCCGGGGGGACGACUCAUGCACCGACUCAGCCGAGGGCACGCCGGUCGCCUUCUCCAGUGCCGCCUCGCUCGGCGACGAGACGCUGCAGGGACCUCCCAGGGACCCACCCGCCGGGCAGGCAGCCGGCCGGAAGACCGCAGGUCGGGAGGCCGCCGCCAGGCAGGCCACCGGGCACCGCCACGGGGCGUGGGGCGGGGGCCGGAGCGCAGAGCAGGCCCGGGGGGCGGGCACGAGCCGGGCGGGGCUGGAGCUGCCCCUCCGCCAGCCCUCGAGCGCCUGCGCGGACAGAGACGGCCCCCGCCCGGGCCAGGCACGUGGGGACGGGGCACCGCAGUCGCUGUGCCUCACGACGCCCACCGAGGAGGCCGUGUACUGCUUCUACGACAACGACUCCGACGAAGAGCCGUCCGGGGCGGUGGCGGUGGCGCCGGCGCCCCCGCGGCGGGCGUCCGCCAUCCCCCGUGCCGUGAAGAGAGAGCACCUGGCCGGCAGGAAGGACGCACAGGCCACACCCAAGGCCGCGGCCAAGGCCCCGCCCGCUGCCCGCGCCCAGCCCAGCCUCAUCGCCGACGAGACCCCGCCAUGCUAUUCCCUGAGCUCCUCCGCCAGCUCCCUCAGCGAGCCUGAGCCCCCUGAGCAGCCGGCCGGCCGGCCCCGUGCUCCCGAGCCGGCCGUCGCCAAAGUCGUGGGCCCGGGGGGCAGAUGCAGCGGCGCCCCCAGCCCGCGGGCGGGGCCGGGGCCGCUCCGGCGCUGUGUCGGGUCAGCCGUGCCCGGGCGCCGGCUCCAGGCGUCAGGCCCGCGGCGCCGCAAGCCCCAGGCUGCCCGGCCAGACAAGCGGCCAGCGGAGCGGCCCCAGGAGCGCGGUGACGAGGCGGCGGGCUCAGACCAGGCCUCCGACCUGGACAGCGUCGAGUGGCGCGCCAUCCAAGAGGGCGCCAACUCCAUCGUCACAUGGCUGCACCAGGCGGCGGCCGCGGCCACCCACGAGGCCUCAUCUGGCUCUGACUCCAUCCUGUCGGAGUCCGGGCUGUCAGGCUCCACCCUGCAGCCGCCGGUGCACAGGAAGGGACAGCGGCUGCAGGCGGGCGGUGCCGCGAGGCCGAGGCCGGAGAAGCGGGACUCAACCCAGGCCCAGCACGGCCCCAGUGGCCCCGAGAAGCUGCGUGGUGCUCAGAAGACGGCGUGCAGGGUGCCGGCCGUGCUCCGGGGACGGACCGUGAUCUAUGUGCCCAGCCCGGCCCCCCGGGCACAGCCCAGAGGCAACCCCGGCGCCCGUGUGGCACCGAGGAAGGUGGGAGCCCCUGCGCAGACCGCAGCCCCGGCCAAAGCCCCCAGCCCCGGGCAGCAGCAGCAGCAGCAGCAGCGGUCUCGAAGCCUACACCGGCCGGGCAAGAUCUCGGAGCUGGCGGCACUGAGCCCCCCGCAGCGGAGCGCCACGCCGCCCGCCCGCCUGGCCAAGGCCCCCUCAUCCGGCUCCUCCCCGGCCUCCCCGGCCUCCCAGCCCCCGCCCAGGAGGCCGCCCUCGGGCCCCCAGGCUGCGGGGCCCCUACCUGGGCCCGGGGCGUCUCUGGCGCCCCAGACGCCCGCGCGGGCCCUACUGUCCAAGCAGCACAAGACGCAGAAGUCACCUGUGCGGAUCCCCUUCAUGCAGAGGCCCGCCAGGCGGGGGCCGCCAGCCCUGGCCCGGGCAGCCCCGGAGCCGGGCCCCAGGGGCCGGGCAGGAGCCGAGGGAAGCCCGGGUGCCCGAGGGGGCCGCCUGGGCCUGGUGCGCGUGGCCUCCGCCCGCUCCAGUGGCAGCGAGUCCUCCGACCGCUCGGGCUUCCGGCGGCAGCUGACCUUCGUCAAGGAGUCCGCGGGCCUGCCGCGCCGCCGCCGCUCAGAGGUGGCCGCGCCCGAGGCCGCGACCUCCACCUCCCAGGGCGGCUCCCCCCGGCGCGGUCGGCCCGCCCUGCCCGCGGUCUUCCUGUGCUCCUCGCGCUGCGACGAGCUGCGGGCGGCCCCCCGACGACCCCCUGCAGCCAGGCCCAGCCCCGGCGAGCGGCCGCCGCGGCGCCCCAGCUCCGAAAGCCCGUCCCGCCUGCCCGUCCGCACGCCGGCCGCCCGGCCCGAGGCCGUCAAGCGCUACGCCUCCCUGCCGCACAUCAGCGCGCUGCCGGGGCCCGCGGCCGACGCCGCCCGCCGCAGCAGCGACGGGGAGGCCCGGCCGCUCCCGAGGGUGGCGGCCCCGGGCACCACGUGGCGUCGCAUCCGGGACGAGGAUGUUCCGCACAUCCUUCGGAGCACGCUGCCCGCCACCGCCCUGCCCCUGGUGGGCGCCUCCCCCGAGGAGGGCCCCGGCGGGCCCCUGCAGCGCAAGACCAGCGACGCCGUGGUCCAGACCGAGGACUUCGUUGCCUCCAAGACCAACUCCAGCACGUCUCCAAGCCUGGAGACCAGGGGGCCCCCCCAGGCCCUGGGCGGCGGCCCCACAUCCUUCCCUGGCAGCGAUGUGGAUGGGCCCUGCCCCCCCAAGGCGCCCACCUCUGCCCCCUUCGUCCAUGAGGGCCUGGGGGUGGCCGUGGGAGGCUUUCCCACCAGCCGGCACGGCUCCCCCAGCCGCGCGGCCCGCGUGCCCCCCUUCAACUAUGUGCCCAGCCCCAUGGUGGCAGCCACCGCCGACUUGGCCGCAGAGAAAGCCCCCACCGCUGCCCCCGCCAGCCUUCUGGAAUAGUGGCCGGGGCUGGCCUUCUAGAACAUCCUCUCCCGGUCGAGGGCUGGCCUGGCUGCCCAGGGGGUGGUCCCACGGUCCAUCUACCCUCCAGAGCCCCUGCCCUUGGAGCCCCCCUGCAGCCUGAAUCGGCCUCACAUCUCACGCACAGAUGCUUGCUCCGCGCCGCGGGGGCUCUGGAAGGAGGUGGGGCGGGGGGCCGGAGCUGCGGUCCCAACCUGGCCCCCACGCAGAGACCACCCUCCCAGCUCGGGCUGCCCUGCGCAGUGUGCUCGUGGCCCCGAGCUUCAGCAAGACCCUCCCGUUUCGGGAGGUGCAGGGAAGUGGCAACCCGCCCGGGGUGGGGGACGGAGCGGGGAGGGUGGCCCCCUCGAGCGGGCGCCCGCCCGCGCGCGCCGGGAUGAAGCCUGUAACGUCGGAGGCCCCGUAAUUGGUUAAUGAUGGCUUUGCCGGUUCGCUUGCCGCCUCAGCCCCAGCUGGGGGUGUGGGGGCGGGCGCGGCUGAGCCCCAGACAGCGCCGUCUAGCGAGCCGGGAGCGCCCCGCCGCCGGGCGGCCCGGAACUGCAGGGAGAGACUGGUGCCCGGACGGUGGGGACGGUCAACGGUGUGGUCGGACAGCUCGGCUGGGGCGGGGGCGUGCGACCGCCACGGGCGGGAGGAAGCGUGUGGAGGGACGCCCCCGAAAGGCCACCGCCGCCGCGCUGCUCUAUUCCAUUCUCCUUCGCCACGCACGAAGCGCUGGGCCCCACGGGCCUCGCGCCAGGGGCGGCACAGCUGCGGGAGAUGCCGGCCCCGGGUCGGGGGCGGGGAGGGACGGGUGGGAGACGGCGAGCCCCGAGGCCUCACUUCUCCCCUCUCACGUGCAGCUCAGGGCCCCCGGGUGCGCGCGUGUUCAGCCUCAGCCCCGAGAACGCCUCCUUGCAGGGAGAGCCGGCGACCUCUUUCCUGCGGCGCGGGGGCCCCCGGGGAGAAGCUGAUCCUGGCGAGCGGAUCUGCUGAGACAGCCGCCCCGCCGGAGCGCCACCCCCGCCGGGGCAGAUGCCGUCAGGGGAGACAGCGUGGCUGCCGCAAGUCCCUUCUCUGAAGAGCAGCGGAGAGCCCCCGCCCGCGGGCACCGCUGACCCUCCCCGUCACCCAGAAGGGGUUCCAGUGGCCGCCACCCUCGGCUCGGGGAGCCCCUGGGAGCCAUGCUGACCCCGAUGCCACACGCACCCCGCUGCAUCGCACCCCAGAUGCCCCAUCCCGUGGGACGCGAGCCGGGCCCAACCUGAGCGUCCGGCAGGCAGGAAUGGCGUGAGCCCGCCGUAAGGCCUCGGCCGCCCCUCGGGCCACGCAGGCGUGUGUCAGAGACCCGCAGGGCCCGGACUGGGGGUCGCCGGCUCCUUUGUGGAUUUGGGGACUGCCAAAUACUGUCUGUGCUUCCAGUCCCCGCGGGCCAGGCUUCCCCGAAGUGGCCUGGCGGGAGGGGAGAGGCGGCAGCAGGCCCGCCAGCGGCUCGUCCAGCCACAGGGCCCGGGGCUUCGAGCACCCACGCACUGUGAGACCCUGGGCACUGCUUUCGCCGCUCUGUGCCUCAGUCUCCCCACGUGGGCCGUGGGGAGAACUCCCAGAGCUACCUCUUGGGCGAGUGGAGAGACCACCAAGACUGGGGGAGAGACCUCGCUGCCGCCCCCUGCCUGCCUCUCCACGGGCGGGGCCGGAAGGCAGCCCCACGCGGGCCAGCACACAGGCGCUCCCUCCCCAUCCGUGCCCGGCAGCCACUUUUGCCUUUUCCAACCCCCUGCACUGGGGGCACAGCCACACCUCAUCAUCCAGCCUGGGCGGGCCGCAGGGGCCCUGGCGGCACAGAUUUCUGGAGGCGGCGGUUGGCGGUCAGCGGACAAUCAACCUGAGUCGGGGGCUGAAGACCUGAGGUCUCAGGACCCAAAGGACCAACCCGGCCACCCGCCAAGGGGACACGUCAAGGACCCAUCCGCCUCUGGGGUGAGCCCGAGGGGGACGACUGUGACCCCAGGCCUGUGACUUCGGGCCCAGGGCCGGCCGGAUGCACCCGCUGGCGCAGCAUUACCUCACCCCUGCCGCCCCCGCCGGCCUCCCGGUUGGCGGCCACGGCACCCCACAGCCCAAGCGUGGUUGUCCCGGCUCAUCCCUUCGUGUCUCCGUCCCGGGUCUCUGCAGCACCACAGGCCACGUGUAAAUACAGCCCAUCCACCCCCACUGACCACGCAGCCGGCGUCUGGCGGGAGGAAGCCACGGAACCAGGCGUCUCACAUGCACCUUUAAUAAACAGCUGUUGAAUCGCG